UUAUAAAUCGAUGGCCAGUGAGUAUGGAUAUUGUAUAGAUAACAACUAGGGUAGGUUGCACGUGAAACGGGUAUGCAGCCAUAUGGUGGUUUAUCAAUCAGUGGGCAUACGCAUUAAUCAUGGAAUACGGUAAGACGAUGGUGCAAUGGUUAGUCUCCGCAGUUGUGGUGAAUCCAACACGUAUUUUGUGAAGCGUGAGGUGAUCAGUGAUCAGCUGACGCAGGCAUGUCCUUAACAACUGCUGUGGACACUGGCGGUAUUCCAGUCAGUUGUAUAGUCUGGUGCCGGGUUAGACUGCAACGUGUAAACUUACUGCACUUAUUGGGACAAGUGCCUGAAAUUGAAGAGCAAAACCGUUAUACAUUAUACAGACACCCGUGUAACAAGGUGUUGAAAACAACGUUUUCGUUUUCGCGGAGAUUUGAAAGGAAACAGUUUCCGUGUGGAGAGAUUCAUACUUAUUGGCGGACGUUUCCCGAGACUUAGGGUCAGCCCUAUAUGAGAAAACAAUGUUUAAUGGACAAUGUAAGCUGUUUGUAUUUUGUGGGUUUCUCUUGCUUUUUGUCCUCUUUCAAGGCAUGGUCAUUCUGAAACCGGCGUCCGUUCCAAAACCUAUCCGCGCUACAUAUGGUGCCAAAAUCACCAAUCUUUGGAAAUAUUAUUUAACGAGGACUGAUUUCACCUUUGAGACAACAUACGUUCGGACAUUUGAAUUUGGGACAACCCCUGCUUCCCGCUCUCCCGGUGAACGCUUACCAGAUAACAAUCAUCAGCUAUCUCCAGAACGAAUUAUAUGGAAUUCACCAGAAAAUGUGCCCUCUGACGCCAAAAACACAUCCUAUCGAGUUCACACGGAAAGGACUUAUAAAGAAACAUUCGUUGAAGUUUCCUCACGAAAUUUCACCGACAUUCUCCGAAAGCCUCCAGUUGCCCAUCUUAGAAAUUUCAAAAAUCCCUGCUGGAUUGAAAGGGCAUCAGAGAUCAGACACAGCAUAAUGGACGGAAACUUCAAAGGAGAGAUCCGCUGCUUGCCUUAUUUCUUCGUAGCCGGCUUCCCUAAGUGUGGUACCACGGAUCUGUACCGUCGACUAGCGCUGCAUCCCCAGAUACAACCACCGUGUGCUAAAGAACCUCACUGGUGGACCAGGCGUAGAUAUCAAAAAGGUAGAAGCUUGCUGACCUACCUGAAGUGUUUUCAAAAAGCAGCUGAGAGAAUAGCAGAGUCAAACAACUAUACGAUAGUUGUGACCGAGCCGCGGCAUAAAAUUACUAUGGACUGUAGUGCUUCUACAUUAUGGGAUCAAACCAACUGGCGCUUCAUCCCACAAAACAACCUGACAUAUGAUGAACCUACAGUGACGAAUAUCCAUUCCAUCCAUCAUUUAUUGCCGAAUGCGAAGAUGAUAGUCAUCAUGAGGAACCCUACAGACAGGUUGUAUUCAGAUUAUUUGUAUUUCAAUAGCGGACUGAGUGCAUCUAACUUUCACAAAUUUGUGAUUCGGAGUAUAGGCAUACUUGAAGACUGCUUUAAGAAAAGAACCACACGGGCCUGUCUGUAUGACAAGCAGUUCCAAAGAACUCUACAGGUUCGUCUGUAUAUAGGUGUAUAUUCCGUAUAUAUUGAAGACUGGUUUCAGCUUUACCCUCGUGAGCAGUUCCUGUUUCUUCAGUCUGAAGACUAUGGCGCUAAUGUGACCAAAUCCAUCCUCAAUGUUUUCAGGUUUUUGGAUCUCGAUUCCCCCGAGAAGUCAAAACUACACAGCAUUGAAGAGAGCCCAAAUGCCAAUACGCGAUCCAAGAAAAACAAGAAUCUCGGCGAUAUGCUACCAGAAACAAGGACUAUGUUGGAAAAGUUUUACUCGCCAUGGAACAAAAGACUUGCCAAACUUUUAAAUGACAGCCUUUAUUUGUGGACUUGAGACAACUGAAAGAUGUCCGUCAUUACUGGUUAGUUAUAUACUAUAAUUUGAGGACUUUAACCUCACCUGAAACUAGCAAUUCGACAAUGAAGGGAAAAAAUAACAUGGUUUAGUGAGUGGCGGAAUUUCAGGAUAUGGAUAGUUCCCGCUAAAGACAUCUAUGGAUGUGAGAUCUUCAAGCGAUAUUUGCAGUUUGCUUUCUCACCUAACAGGUAAAACAAAAAACAAUUAUUUUGAACGUGUUUACGCGGGAUGUUGGAUGUCCAGGAAGCUGUCUGUUCUUUGUGUAGUUUGUACAUGUGGAUGAUAAUAAAUUGAUCAACACUUCCUGGUCUGAUUGCCCCUCCAGCUACACGUUAG